AUGCCCAGUGCGAGCGCCCAGGGCUCGCUCGGGCUUGUGCGAGACGCCCGUCAGGAGCUGCGCUUGCCGCGGCUGCUUCUGCAGCACCUCAUCCUCCUUUUGCACCGCUGCCGGAUCACGGUCGCUGGGGGCGACCCGCCUGCAGCAGCCUUUGCCGAGAAACCCUCCCUCCUUGAAGCGGCAGCCCCUGCGAGUGGGCGGGGCCGAGGAGACCUAGGAGGGUUCAAAAGGAGGUGGAGGGAUACGCGGGCCGCAGUCGGAACUACUUUCAGGAGGAGGUCACGUGUGUUCCUAGUUGGGGAACUUUCCAAAUUCCCACUCCCCUAUGAUGGCUUGGGAGGCAAGUGCUUCGCCUCCUUCGCGCGGGGUGCUCCUGGCUGGUCCCGGUAGCGGGACCCCGAGCCUCCGGUCGCCGCGGAAGAGCAGGCUCAGACGGGCCUCCGGCCCAAGCACGGUCGGUGCUGGCGCCUGGGAAGCUGGUUACACAAGCACCCACAUUCAAGCACGUGCCCCCGCCUCCCCGCACCGCUGGCCGCGGUCGCCGAUUCUCGCAGACCACCGAGGGAGAGCUCCUGAGCCGGUCCCACCCUUCGCGUGCUACCUGCCGAGCAAGCUAAAGGGCCAAGACCCGAGAUCGGAGCUCCGGGUCGGCCAACACUGCGCGUUCCCAACCGUGGGAGAACGGGCUGGGCCCCUGGGGUCUGGCAUCUCCCUCGCUAGCGCCCUGCCCCUUAGGGCGAACCCUUCCGCGCUGUGCUCACAGGGCAAAAGGGUAUCUGCUGCAGCAGCCCGCUGCUUGAAUUCACCAGUGUUGCAACAAACUUCCAGUCACUACCCCAGAGCUGGUGAGCGCGCCCCGCCUACUGUAGACUCAGCCGAGUGACUUAUCUGGUCCGAGAACCUAGUCAAUGGCCGUCAGCCCAGAACAAACCUGUCAAGUCUGCCUACAGCCCCGAUUGGUUGACCUGUCCCCGUGAGAGAGCUGGUUCAGAAAUUCUGAGAACUGGAGCGCAUUGCCCUGACACUGAUCAGCUGCAAAGUGAGUUGUCCGGUUUCUGCUUGAAGAGAAUGAGCACCCCAUCAACACGAAUCUAGGAAUUUCUUCCUUUUCCUUCCCCUGUGAAGUAGAACUCAAGCAGACAGUUGAGUCCAAAGUAUCGGAGUUGAAACCUAGGCUGAGGCGCUGGAUCGUUUUUCUUUUCUUUUUUUUUUUUUUCUUUCUUUCUUUUUAAAAAUCUGGGAGAAUGGAACCAAUUUGCAUGUGUAUUGCAGUAAUUGUGAGUAGGUGCCUAGGAAGGUCUAAAAGGAUUUAUUCGGUGUCGGAGAAAGAAGAUUGCACAUCACGGUUGCAGGCAGCCCCUUUAAGACUAGAAACCCCAAGAGAGCUUGCUUAGAAGCCACAGGCCAUUACCUAAUUCCAGGACUACUAAUUAAACCAGGGAUAUUUACAGUGUUCUUACAGAUCUCUGAGGCUCCAUAACACUUUGCAUUUAUAUACAACAUCCUUUUAAGAUAGCUCUGCAGGAGUUAGCAACCUGCUGAAGCUUCAGUGUGGAUAUUCAUUGGAGGCUGUUUUCAUGCAUGGCCCUGGUCAGCUUGCAGGAGGUGGAGGCCACAAGUGGAAAAGGAAAGGGGGUGGGGUGGUAAUCUGGAAAGAGUAGGAGAAAGGCCUCCGUUUGGUUUCCAAAAAUGAAAAUCCUGUCCACACCACCUAGGUUGAGCCAGAGAUUUAUUUUACAAAUAACCAAUGAUAAGGAGUCCCUGAUUUCUAGAUGUUUCACAAGAUUGCAGGGUAAGAAACUGAGCUGUGUGUGCCCCCAUUGAGUAGCAAAUACCAGUUGGUGCGGAAAGGGAAAAUGAGGAGGACGGUAAAUGAAGGGAGAUAGAUUGGGAAGGGGUAAAAUGCCCCACCUUUCUUUCUCUGGUUGCUGGUCUUGUCUCCAGAGUCCCUGCUGUUAGCGUGCCCUACUUUGCCCCUCCCCUGGAGCCUACCCUUGUAAGGAUUAGUCGCACAGCCUCUGCGAAGUUCUGAAAUCCACUUCCUGGGAAGGAAAUGGGUUCAUUCCUGCCCCUUAGGCCUGAGGAGAGAGGAUGCUUUUCCAUUCCCAUGGCACAGAGUUAUUCCAGAGCAGAGACAGUGUGCACCACCAGCACCAAAGUGUUGGAAUGUAAGACUGGCCCACGGCACUCCCACUAGCAGAGGGAAGAAAAUGGGACCUGAGUUUGCUGCCUCUCUGCACAUGCGGUCCCUCUACUUCUCUCUAGUGGUGAAUGAAAGGAUCACCGCUGUUGGCUGACAUCUGGCCAGCCUGACGGCAAUAUCAGGUAGUUACUAGGAGUCACUGCAUAAAAACCUCCACCCCUUCCCAGUGUUCAUUAAAUAGGCUCCUGAAGGAAAUUUUGUUUUCGAUUUUUAUUUUCCUUCACGUCUUCCUUCUACCCAAGAGAUCUCCUUACCCAAGUGGUAGAGCUGAAACCUCUAAAUAGCUG